AUGUUCCGCUCUACCACGUCCGAGGAUCUGUUCAUGUCGGAAUUCACCAAGGCUGCCUAUCAGCGGGCUUUCUCGCUAGACAAGCUCAAGUUGGUUGUCACCGCUGAAUUCAACAAAAAGGGUACACUUGGGGCUGUCAAACGUAUUUACAAGCCCCAGAGGCUUUCCCAUCCAUCCAGCACAAAGAAGUCUUGGUUUCCAUCUGGCGUACAACAUACUUGGUACCCAUCUCCACCCGAACAUCAGAUCAUUCUAGAAACUGGUAUUGGUAGAGUCAUUGCUGCUUUUGUUUUGUGGUGCAUGGGGCCAACGUGCCAAGAAGAUCGUUAA